CACCGCCCCGAGCUGUCGGGGCGUCCUCCACAGGGGCACUGCCCGGAGGGACGGUCUUGCCCUUCAUGGCGUCCUCUGGAAAGGGAAUCUCGGUUUUGACCUUUACAAACACCUCGUUCCUCUUCUCUCUCUGAUCGCCAUGGCCCCGACUCUCUCUGGGACCUUUCCAGAGGGGCUCCUCCCUCCGCCGGGUCUCCUUCCUUCUCGCGGUCGCCUCACUCUUCCUCCCCGCGCCCGGGGAGAGUCCACUUGUAUCUUAGGGGCUUCCGCGGAGUCCGCGGCGCUCGCACGGCGCCAGCGCUGGCCGCUAGGGGGCGCCGUCGGGGGCGGCGCGGUGCCGCCGCAGCCGCUCCUCUCCGGGCCGGGCCUCGCCCGCUCCGCUCGCGCCGCCGGAAGUGGGAGGUGCCGCGCGCGGGCCGGCGCUCGACCCCUCCCCCCGAGGCUCGGCCGCCCCCUCCCCCCGCUCCGCCCGCUCAGGUGCGUCCCGUCCCUCCCCCCCUUGCCUCCCGGGGGCGCGGCGCGGGAGGUACAGAGCAUGAUGGCCGCGGCGUCUGAGGUAGCUGGUGUGGUGUCCAAUGCCCCCAAUCCUCCAGAAUCCUCUUCUAGUUUAUGUGCUUCCAAAUCAGACGAAGGUCUCCCAGACGGUCUAAGCCCCAAAGACCCUGCACAGAAGCACAAGAACUCACCUCUGUCGAGUGUAAGUAGCCAAACGAUAACCAAGGAGAAUAACAGAAAUGUCCAUUUGGAACACCCAGAGCAGAAUCCUGGUUCAUCAGCAGGUGACACUUCAGCAGCGCACCGGGCGGUUUUAGGAGAAAACUUGCUAGCCACAGCCCUUUGUCUUUCUGGCGGUGGGUCUCAGUCUGAUUUGAAGGACGUGGCCAACACAGCAGGAGAGGAGGGGGACACGUGCCUCCAGGAGAGCCUCCAUCGUGUCACUCGGUCUCUUAAGGCAGGGUGCCAUACAAAGCAGCUUGCCUCCGGGAGUUGUUCUGAAGACAGAUCCCCACAAGCCUCCAUCCUAAAGGAAGGUAGCAGGGACACAGGCUUGGAUUUCCGACCUGUAGUGCCUCCAGCAAAUGGGGUUGAAGGAGUCAGAGUGGAUCAGGAUGAUGAUCAGGAUAGCGCUUCCCUGAAGCUUUCUCAAAACAUUGCUGUACAGACUGACUUUAAGACGGCUGAUUCAGAGGUAAACACAGAUCAAGAUAUUGAAAAGAAUCUGGACAAAAUGAUGACGGAGAGAACCCUGUUGAAGGAACGUUACCAGGAGGUCCUGGACAAGCAGAGGCAAGUGGAGAAUCAGCUCCAAGUGCAGUUAAAACAACUUCAGCAAAGGAGGGAAGAAGAAAUGAAGAAUCACCAGGAGAUACUGAAGGCUAUCCAGGAUGUAACAAUAAAGCGAGAAGAAACAAAAAAGAAGAUAGAGAAAGAAAAGAAGGAGUUUUUGCAGAAGGAGCAGGAUCUGAAAGCUGAAAUUGAGAAGCUUUGUGAGAAGGGCAGAAGAGAAGUGUGGGAAAUGGAACUAGAUAGACUCAAGAAUCAGGAUGGCGAAAUAAACCGGAACAUUAUGGAAGAGACAGAACGGGCCUGGAAAGCAGAGAUCUUAUCACUAGAGAGUCGGAAAGAGUUGCUGGUAUUGAAACUAGAAGAAGCAGAAAAAGAAGCAGAACUGCACCUCACUUACCUCAAGUCAACCCCCCCAACACUAGAGACCGUUCGUUCCAAACAGGAGUGGGAGACAAGGCUGAAUGGAGUUCGGAUGAUGAAAAAGAAUGUUCGGGACCAGUUUAAUAGUCAUAUCCAGUUGGUGAGGAACGGAGCCAAGCUGAGCAGCCUUCCUCAAAUCCCGACUCCCACUUUGCCCCCACCCCCAUCAGAGACAGACUUUAUGCUUCAGGUGUUUCAACCCAAUCCUUCUCUGGCUCCUCGGAUGCCCUUCUCCAUUGGGCAGGUCACAGUGCCCAUGGUUAUGCCCAGCGCAGAUCCCCGCUCCUUGUCUUUCCCAAUCCUAAACCCUGCCCUUUCCCAGCCCAGCCAGCCUUCCCCGCCCCUUCCUGGCUCCCAUGGGAGAAAUAGCCCUGGCUUGGGUUCCCUCGUUGGCCCCCAUGGUCCACACAUGCCCCCUGCUGCCUCCAUCCCACCUCCCCCAGGCUUGGGCGGUGUGAAGGCUUCUACUGAAACUCCCCGGCCCCAACCAGUAGACAAACUGGAGAAGAUCCUGGAGAAGCUACUGACUCGCUUCCCACAAUGCAAUAAGGCCCAGAUGACCAACAUCCUUCAGCAAAUCAAGACAGCACGGACCACCAUGGCAGGCCUGACCAUGGAGGAACUGAUCCAGUUGGUAGCUGCACGACUGGCAGAACAUGAGCGGGUGGCAGCCAGUACUCAGCCACUCGGUCGGAUCCGGGCCUUGUUCCCUGCUCCAUUGACCCAAAUCAGUACCCCAAUGUUCUUGCCUUCUGCCCAAGUUUCAUAUCCUGGAAGGUCUUCACAUGCUCCAGCCGCCUGUAAGCUGUGUCUCAUGUGCCAGAAACUUGUCCAGCCCAAUGAGCUGCAUCCAAUGGCGUGUUCCCAUGUGCUGCACAAGGAGUGUAUCAAAUUCUGGGCCCAGACCAACACAAAUGACACUUGUCCCUUUUGUCCAACUCUUAAAUGACGGACCUGACUGGGGAGGAAGAAGAGGAGAAACUGAUGUGAACAGGAAGCGCGGGUUCAAGAUUUCUAAAACUCUAUAUUUAUACAGUGACCUAUACUCAUGCCAUGUACAUUUUUAUUAUAUAGGUAAUGUGUGUAUAGAAAGUCUGUAUUCAAAUGUUCGUAAAUGAAAGUAUGUAUAUUAUGCAGAAAUGGUUGCCCCCCACCCCCCACCCCACCUUGCAGUUCCUUUGGGGGAUGCAGAUUGUAGGUAAGGUGAUGUUUAGUUUGCCCUUGAAAUUAUGAUAUUCUUGCCUAGGGCUGUUUUCAAGUACAUUAUAAAAACCAUCUAGGAAGCUGCUGUUGCUCUAAGGCCAUCCUGCUUUGAUUUGGCUCAGCCUCUAGUUAAUUUUCUUAAGGCUCAUGUAUGCAGAUUUGAACCCUGGUGCUCACCCGCUGUCCGACCAGAUGCCUUGCUUACUGAAAGCCUCCGGAAGCCUCAGUGUUGUUCUAGCCACUCUACUCCAAAUGGAUAAAAUGAGACUGAUUGAGGAAAAAAAAAUGUAACCCUAAUAGUUUGAAUUUUCAUUGACUA